AUGCACAACGACGGUCAAGGUGGUACCAAGACGCAUCAGCAUUUCAGAUCCUUCUGUUGCCCGAAAGACGAUCCCUUCGAGAACUGCCAAUGGCCCAAUGACCCUGAUCACUUCAUGGCAAAAUACCAAUCUCCAGUCUCUCAAUAUGCAAAUUCCAAGGAAGACUAUUGCAAAGAGAUUGGCAUUUUCCGCAGCAAGCAUUGCUUGGACGGGCGACUGAUGGUUACACAAGCUCAAACCACGCCACCAAACCUCGGGCUUGACAAUGGAAUGUCCGUCUGUUGGUUAGGCGAUGGGCUCUCUCUGGAUAACACACUUUGUUGCUCGCCUCCAUCACGAUUGACGAAGGAUUGGCCAGUGAACCCCGCCUACCUUUGGAGCGAUGCGUACGAUGACAAGAAUGACGGUGUCACCUGGCAAUGGUCCAAUAACUUUGAUAACAAUCACAAAGACACGACCCCGGACAAUCUGGAAGUCGACUAUGGUGACGACCCAUACGGAUUUGUCAUGCUAGACGGGCCCCCUGGAUCGAUUGCCAAACAGUUCGGCAAGCAAUUCACCUUUUUGACCGACGAGGAGCCGAAGAAGAUUGACUGGUUUGUCGUAACAAAUGUCCGCGAGACUGUCAUUGAUGCCACCUUCGAUCACACUAAUGUAUUGCCACUAACAGCAGGAUUGUAG